GCCCUCCUCACACUGAUCUCCUCACACUGAUUCACCAGGAGGAAACAUGGCAUCACCAGAGCGCGCGCUCCUCCUGCAGAACCCCGGACUGAUGAAGAUGAAGAUGAUGAUGAUGAUUUUCUCCGCCUGAUCAUGGAGCUGAAUUCAUCCGCAAUCCAGCAGAAAUCUCCGCACGAGAUCAUCCUUUACCCCGGCGGAGCGACCGAGAGAACCGGAGCCGCUCCCGCAGCAGCGCCGCAUCACCAUUACUGUUAUUAUAAUAAUAAUAAUUAUUAAUAAUAUUAUUACAGUCUGAGCGCUUUUCUCUUUCUGCAUCUCUGGAGCGCCUUUAUGCUCCUCCUGAAUCACUGAAUCCGGGCUGGGCUGGAGAGAUACGGACAAUACGGACUGAAAUACAGACAGAAAUACAGACAAUACAAUAUAGACAAUACAUUGAGACAAUACAGACAAUACAGACAGACAAUACAGCGAGGAUCCCUAAAUUCAUUCAUUCGUGGUGGAAAAACCCGGGGAGAUGAGUGAGCAGAGUAUAUGCCAGGCUCGAGCCUCGGUGAUGAUCUAUGACGACACCAGUAAGAAGUGGGUCCCCAUUAAACCGGGGCAGCAGGGCUUCAGCCGCAUCAACAUCUACCACAACACCACCAGCAACACCUUCCGCGUGGUGGGGGUCAAACUACAGGACCAGCAGGUUGUGAUAAACUACUCUAUAGUGAAGGGUCUGAAAUAUAACCAGGCCACGCCCACCUUCCACCAAUGGCGUGACGCCCGGCAAGUGUACGGAUUAAACUUCGCCAGUAAAGAGGAGGCCGGCACCUUCUCCACCGCCAUGCUCUUCGCCCUCAACGUCCUCAGCUCACAGGAACCAGGUCCUGCUGGUCAUCGACAGAACGGACCGGUAACAGACGAUACAGACGCCCAGAGGAGGCAAAUGAUGGAGCAGCAUCAGAUCCAGCUGGAAAGAGAACGACGAACAUCAGGAUCAGCAGUCUCCACCCUUCAGUUUAAAGUUUCCUCCUCUCAGCAGUCGGACGUCUCUCUGGCGGAUUACAGGCAGUACCGCGCCCACACCCUCCCCCCGUCCUAUGCCCGUCUCAACCCCUCCCCUCCUUCCUCCUCCUCCUCCUCCUCUUCAUCCCCCUCUUCCUCUCAGGAGCGCGAGAGCAGCAGCUAUCGCGUGGUGGACUCCUCCUCCUCCUCCUCCGCUCAGAGAAAGGCUCAGCAGUUUUCUCAGAUCUCCACCUCUCUGGCCUCCGCCUUCUCCCCGGUGCAGCCCGGCUCCGCCCCCACCCCGCCCCGCAGCGCUCGGCAGAUCCCCCUGUCCCCGCCCACCGCCCCCCACCGACACCAGGACCCCAAACACCACACCUGGUCCUCCGCUCACCUGCCUGCCCCGCUCCCCAAAGCCCCGGCCAAUUAUGACUCCGCCCCCCUUCAUCAUCACCAGCCCUCCAAUCAGCCGGAGGACUGCUACUUCUACCAGACCUCACCUCCCCAAGCCCCUCCCCCUCCACAGGUACCACCCCAGCAGGCCACGCCCCCUCACCCCCACUACUACCAACCCGAUCCCUCCUCCUACUCGUACCCCGCCUACUGUGAGAUCGCCGCCCCCCCGCCUCCUGUCAUUGGCCAGCCUCAACUUCAAGGCCACACCCACCAGCAGCAGUUCACCUCCUCCUUCCACCAACAGCCACCACUACCACCACAGUAUCAGGCCACGCCCCCCACUGAUACCACGCCUCCCUCUUAUAUCACUGUGUCUGAGGGGUUCGCCACGCCCCCUCCUGUCUCUCAAACUGCCAGUCCUCCUCUUCCUCCAGGACAUCCCUCCAUGCUCUCCUCCACUCCUCCUCUUCAUCCUCCUGCUGCACCCAUGUCUCAUCCCACUCCUCCUCCUCCUCCUGGACCUCCUCCCCCGGCUGCUGUUCCUCCACCCAUCCCUCCUCCUCUCCCUGCAGGUGGAGGUCCUGCUCCCUCGGGUCUCGCUGCAGCUCUCGCCGGAGCUAAACUCCGGAAAGUUCAGCGGCCCGAGGAGAGCAGCGCCAAGAACGAUGCCAAUCGCUCCAGCGGAGGAGGAGGAGGAGGAGGAGGAGGAGAGGGUCUGAUGCAGGAGAUGAACGCCCUCCUCGCACGGAGGAGAAAAGCUUCAGAGAAACCAGAAGAAGGUCAAAAUGAAGAGACUAACGGAUCUCCAGCCUCUCGAGGUUCAGAUGGUCUGAAGAAGCCGUGGGAGCGAGCGAACUCUGCAGAUAAAUCCUCCGCUGGCUCCAGGCUGAGACCGAUCGGCAGCACCAGUGAUGCAGAGUCAGCAGAGUUCGACAGGAUGAAACAGGAGAUCUUGGAGGAGGUUGUGCGCGAGUUACAUAAAGUCAAAGACGAGAUUAUUGAUGCCAUUAGGAGAGAACUGACGAGGAUGGGCACUACAUAGUGUUUACACACAUCCACACACUGAAGGUUGUUGGGAAGUUCAGAGAGGAUCCUGUGGAGCGUUUUAAAGGAAUGUUCUCGCAACAUCACUGCAACACCGAGAUCAUGACAUCAUCACUGCAACACCGAGAUCAUGACAUCAUCACUGCAACACCGAGAUCAUGACAUCAUCACUGCAACACCGAGAUCAUGACAUCAUCACUGCAACUCCGAGAUCAUGACAUCAUCACUGCAACAGAGAGGAACACGCUGCUGACAGGUUGCAGAAAUGUUGCGUCAACUGAGAGAAUUACAGUCCGGAACAAGAGAAAGCAGAGAAAUGGAAGUGAGUGAGAGAGAGAGAGAGAGAGAGAGUGAGUGACUGAGUGGAUGGAUGGAUGGAUGGAUGGAUGGAUGACAGUGUGGAUGGAUGGAAGGAUGGAUGGAUGACAGUGUGGAUGGAUGGAAGGAUGGAUGGAUGGACCUUCACACUGAAUUUUUCUAUUUUCUCCUGUAUGAACAUUAUAAGACUCAGCCCACUGUGCAGUUUGCUGCUCUCAGUCUUUCAAGUCUUAAAAAAGAACAUUGACUAGUCGGAACUUGAUGAAGAUAUUUUUUGUUUUAUACUGUUUUAUUGUGUCAUUGAUCAUUAUAAUUAAUGUUUAAGUAAUUUUAUUAUUGGUGGUACAGAGAGAGAGAGAUACAGAGAUGCUCACCGUCUGUUUCAGCCUUUUAUAUUUUAUUAUGUUCUUCAUUCUUUGGUUUUUGAUAAGCACACUGAGCUCAGUCCUGAACUCUCAACAUCUACAUCUACGUUUCUGGAGUUUCAUCCUUUCUUUAUUUAGUUUUAUUUUAUUUUAUUUUUGCCAAGAAAGAUGUAAAAACCGUUCUGGGUUUCUUUAGCUCUGGUUUGAUGGUGUGAGGUAAAUGUUGGGGAGAUGUAACUGUAGCUGUAGCUCUUAUGAAACACCAGUUUUUCUGAAACUCUUCAUUUGCUGAGAGAAUUGGUGGAAAUGUCGGGUCCUACACUAUAUCCUAUUAGGUUACUCAUUUUAAAAGAUGACAUUGAAAAAUGACCUUUGAAUAAAACUAAGAACACUGAAUCUACAA